AAGCCGUGGGCGGUCUUUGUGUCUAGGAAGUAGUCACACCGGGUGAUAACGUGACCGUUAGCCUCACACACCAAAUUAUAGUUUUUAUCGUCUGUUAUCUGAAGUAAAUAGUGAAAAUGGGUGAUGAAGAAGAGAAAUACGACGGGAUGCUGCUGGCCAUGGCGCAGCAGCAUGAAGGAGGAGUUCAGGAGCUGGUGAACACAUUCUUCAGUUUUCUAAGAAGGAAAACAGAUUUCUUCACUGGAGGAGAGUCUGGAGCCCCAGAGAAGCUGGUUAAAGAGGUGUUUGCUCAUCACAAUCAGCUCGCCCUCAAAGUCAGGAAAGAGAAAGAGUCCAGACAAGAGAAGGAGAAGAAGGAGAAGAGUGACAGAGCUGCAAAACUGAAGGAGGAGGAGAAGAAGAGGAAGCAGGACACCGAGGAGCCCAGAAUCAAAGAGAUCACAGACGAGGAGGCCGACAGACUCCAGGCACAACUAAAUCAAACAAAAGAAGAAAAGAAAACUGUAGAAGUACCUGAGAAAACAGACGGCGAUACAUCCGAAAAAGACAGAAAAGGGACGGACUCCGAAGGAGAGGAAGAUGAAAAGGACAAAGACAAGAUAAAGCCCAAUUCCGGGAACGGAGCAGACCUUUCCAACUACCGCUGGACGCAGACCCUGUCUGAAGUGGACCUGGUCGUGCCGUUCGACGUGAGUUUCCGUCUGAAGGGGAAGGACGUUGUGGUUGACAUCCAGCGGCGUUCGCUGAAGGUGGGACUGAAGGGUCAUCCGCCUGUGAUCGACGGACAGCUGAGCCACGAGGUGAAGGUGGACGAGAGCUCCUGGCUCAUAGAGGACGGCAAAGUGCUCACCAUUCAUUUUGAGAAGAUAAACAAGAUGGAGUGGUGGAGCAGGUUAGUGACCACAGACCCCGAACUCAACACCAAGAAGAUCUGCCCGGAGAACUCCAAGCUGUCGGAUCUGGACGGGGAGACGCGCUGCAUGGUGGAGAAGAUGAUGUACGAUCAGAGGCAGAAAUCCAUGGGGCUGCCCACCUCCGAAGAGCAGAAGAAACAGGACAUCAUGAAGAAGUUCAUGGCUCAGCAUCCAGAGAUGGACUUCUCCAAAGCCAAGUUCAGCUGAGAGCCAUGUGACCUGAGUCUCGUCUUACCUCACUUACAGGAGUUUGUUUUCGGUUCUACGACUGUUUGUCUAACAGUUUCACCGUUGUUGUGAUGGAAGUGUUAUAAUACAGCAUGUCUUGGUGUUGAUUUUUUUUAAUAAAUCAUUUCAAACCCUC